CAUAACCACAAUCAAGCAUUGGCUUUAGGAACUGGAUCCAGACUAUGAGAUACUGUAUUGGAGACGUCCUUCCACAUGGAGAAAGGGUGGAGUCCCUAACCGAUCUCGCAAGUUCUGGGAUGAAAUUUGGAGCGGAGAAUAAGCUGCACGUCCAGCUCAGCCCAGCCGUCAUGGGUUGGUAGAUAGAAACGACCCCGCAAUAUUUUGACAUAAAUGAAGAGAUGAUCGCUUAUGAAAAUGUCGAUGAGAAAUUGGCAUCUCUACUAUAUCUCUUCCCUGAAUAAUCUUCGAUCGAUAAGCCAAGAUGACAACUAAUAGAUCCGAUCUUACGGCUAGGGUCAUACCCCAGAUGGUGUUAGGGGAUGGCUCCCCGGGUUCCUUGACGGCCCCACCUCCGCCUUUACCCCGCGAGAUCCCGGCGGCUUCUCGGGCCCAUGAACGAUUUCAUGUAAGGGGUAAUGCCGUCGUCACUGGAGGGGCUGGAGAUCUUGGCUUCGCAGCAUGUAGGGCUCUUCUUGAACAUGGACUCGAAGGCCUAAUGAUAUUCGAUAUGCACCCGACCGAGGCACAGGGCAAAAUCAAUACGCUUCAAUCCGAGUUCCCUGAUGCCAAGAUCCAUUUUCUCAAGGUCGAUGUUGCGCAAGAAGACGGCGUGGAUGCAGCCAUUAGUGAAACAGUAAAGCUGUUGGGUGGCAUUGAUAUCCUGUUAAGCUUUGCGGGAAUAGUCGCUUGCAAACAUGCCCUAGAAUGGUCAACAAAAGAAUGGAGUCAAGUGCUUAAUGUCAACACUCUUGGUGGUUUCUUCGUAGCGCGAGCAAUCGCUCGGACGAUGAUAGAGCGUGGAAUUGGCGGGAGUAUGACGUUUAUAGCGAGCAUUUCAGGCCAUAAAGUGAAUUUUCCGCAACCCCAAGUACCCUACAACGUCUCCAAGGCGGGUGUGUUGGCUAUGGUGAAGUCACUAGCUGCGGAAUGGGCUAGAUAUGGGAUUAGGGUGAAUAGCAUUUCCCCUGGCUACAUGGAAACCAUCCUAAACGAGGGGGAUCACCUGGACGAAUUGAAAAAGACGUGGCUUAGCCGAAAUCCAUCAGGGAGGUUGGGGCAGCCAGAUGAAAUAGCAGGGGCCAUUGUGAUGCUCGCGAGUCGUGCGGGAAGUUAUUUCACUGGCGCAGAUCUUCUUAUGGAUGGAGGACAGACCCUCUUCAUGUAAUAGACUACCGUCAGCUACUGAUAUUGAAUACUU